UGCCACCAAAUGCCUCAGAUCUAUCGCAGGUAGGGCCAAUAACGUCAUUUCAAAGCUAUUCUCCCGUAAAAUCUUACACCAGAUUUUCAUUUUCUCCCAACUUUCCUUUCACCGAAAAUCCCCGAUCAUUUCUCCUCCGCCGUGCACCACCACCGUCAAAAUGACGAAAAUACCCUUCCUUCUCCUUCUCCUCCUCCUCUCCCUAACCUCACCCACUUUGGCCGAAAUCAAAAACCUCAAAAUCCGAUCCGAUAACCGACCCAUGAUCCUUUUCGAACGAUUCGGGUUUACACACACAGGCCAAACAUCCAUUUCCGUUUCAUCCGUUUCCGUUAUCCCCACCGUAACCACUCCUGAUCCCUCCCGCUUAGGAUUCUUCCUAUUAUCCGAAGAAUCCCUAAUUCAAGUCCUAAUUGAACUUCAACAAAACCCUAAUUUCUGUGUACUUGAUUCCAAUUUCAUACUACGUUUAUUCACUUUUCGUGAUCUUUCUCCUCCACCUAAUUCAUCGUUUAAUAAAGCUUAUCCUGUUACUUCACCUAAUGAAUACUCGCUUUUUUUCGCGAAUUGUGCACCUGAAUCGAAGGUUUCUAUGGAUGUAAGGACUGAGCUUUAUAAUCUCGAUGGUCGCGUUAAAGAUUAUCUCUCUGCAGGUCUUACUCAGUUACCCACUUUGUACUUCUUGUUUGCCUUGGUUUAUUUUGGCUUUUUGGCGGUCUGGGUGCUAUUUUGUUUGAAGAACAGGACAUCUGUGCAUAGGAUUCAUGGACUUAUGGCACUUUUGGUUGUAAUGAAGGCGUUGAAUUUGCUUUUUGCUGCUGAGGAUAAGCAUUAUGUUAAGGUUACUGGAACUGCACAUGGAUGGGAUGUGUUGUUCUACAUUUUCCAGUCCAUGCGUGUGGUUUUGCUUUUCACUGUUAUCGUUUUGAUUGGUACUGGGUGGUCGUUCUUGAAGCCGUUUUUGCAAGAGAGGGAAAAGAAGGUGUUGAUGAUUGUGAUUCCGCUUCAGGUUUUGGCUAAUGUUGCUUCGGUUGUUAUUGGUGAAACGGGUCCUUUUAUUAGGGAUUGGGUGACAUGGAAUCAGGUCUUUUUGAUUGUUGAUAUCAUCUGCUGCUGUGCUAUUAUUUUCCCCAUUGUGUGGUCGAUUAGGUCGUUGAGGGAGACUUCCAAGACCGAUGGGAAGGCAGCAAGGAAUUUGGCAAAGUUGACUCUUUUCAGGCAGUUUUAUAUUGUGGUGAUUGGAUACUUGUACUUCACAAGGAUUGUGGUUUUUGCCUUGAAGACAAUUUCCGCUUAUAAGUACCAAUGGGUGUCAUACUCUGCGGAGGAAAUAGUGAGCCUAGCUUUUUACAUUGUCAUGUUUUACAUGUUUAGGCCAGUGGAGAGGAAUGAGUACUUUGUUCUUGAUGAUGAGGAAGAAGAGGCUGCAGCAGUGGCUCUUCGGGAUGAGGAAUUUGAGCUGUAAUUUUGAAAUAUAGUGGCUGUGCUCUACCCGCCAUUUUAACAGUUCUCAUCCUAACACUGAGUUUUACUGGAAUGAUAGUAGGUUUACCAGGAUGAAGUACAAUUCACUGUUGUUGUUUGGUAGCUUUCGAAUCACAAUACAGACAUUUAUUUUUGUAUAAUGGAAUUCUGAUGUCAUGUAAUUGUUAUAUAAACCUCAUUUUUCAUGUAAUGGUGCCUUAUCAUGAUUUUGUUUGAUC